AUAUACAAAUACAAAAAUAGAACAAUCAUCAAUAAUGACUGUACAAGGAGGCACAUAACAACAAUACUGGAUAAAUAUGUGCAGAUAUUGGUACCAAAAUAAAAUGUCCAGCUUGGAGUGUCCAGAUGUGCAAGAUGCAUAAUCAGGUGUGCAGAAAGUGCAAUAUGUACAGUAAGGUGUCCAUAUGUGCAGAUGGAUAAAAGAAACAUAAGAUUUAGCAUGAGAUAUAAGACCUAUGAUUUGUGAUUUAACAUGAGAUUCAGAUUCUUGCACCUUUGAGAAAACUACAGACCAGUCUGUGGACCGAGCUGUCCACUUCUGCAUGCCUAGUAGAUAUGGCAACUACCUACAAUAACUAUGGAAGGUGAUCUGCCUUCAUCUAGAAGCUGUUGGAGAAAUAUCACUAUAAGAGCUCAGUGCGCUGCAUGCAGUGGUCUUGUUUAUAGAGUCCUCACAUUCUCAAUAGGAGUUUACACUGCAGGGUCACAGUCUUCAAAGGGAGUCACUGGGCCCAGAAGCCACACCCAUAAUUGGAGGCAUUGCAGGUGAGGGUGCCUUACCCUCCCCCAUUUGAGACAGGGAAUCUGCCCUCUUCAGCAAGGGCCUAGGACUAGUGUGUUGAAGUGAGUGGAGUAGUACAAACCAAGGUCCACCUGGCCAUUGUGGGGCUACCAAGAGAAGCUGAUGGCUGUGUUGGUGAGUAAACACAUUCAACAGAAGAGGAAUUGGAGGUAAUGCAAUCGUAGGCAAUUUGGCUAAUCAUACACCAGUGCAUCCAGGCCCAUUGCUUUCUCCUUGUCUGUGGACAGUGUGUGGUAUCCUUGAUGGCAAAAAGGUCCACAGAUGCUUCAGCAUAGUGGCUCAAAUCUGACACACCAUGCUUGGAUUCAGGCUCCUUGACAAGGAGUCAGCUACUGGGUUUAGAACUCCUGGUAGAUGAUCUGCCUUUAGGGAGGCUAAUCUGAGGAAUGUCCAUUUCAGUAUAUGAUGUGUCAAGUGUAGAACCAAUAGAUAAUGGGUACUACCCUGGUGGUUGAUACUGAAUACUGCCAUUUUGUUGUCGGGACAAAUUAGGACAUGAUGACUCUGUAACCUUGAUAUGAAAUGAGGUAGAGCAGGCUGUAGUGAACACAGUGUCUCAGGUGAAUUUGCGCCACCAGCUUCAAAAUGUCCUCUGUGUGCCAUGGCAACAAUGUUGCAGUCAUGGAUUGAGAAUCCAAAACCAAACCUAUAAACUAAGUGGUUUGGCUUGAGAUUAGUAGCAUUUCUACUAAUCAAUGACCUAAUAAGGAGUUGUAAUGCACUGAUGUCUGCCAAAGUAUAUUCAUGACUAGGGGAGCAUACCUGCCAAUCAUCCUAGUAGGGCAAACUUUUCAUACCUGCAUCCUUUAAAGGGGACAGAGUUACCUGCAUGCAACUGGAAAAAACUCUUGGAGCUUAGAACAGGCCAAAGCUGAGGACCUUCAACUGGAAGAGAUGGUCCUGGAAAGCAAACUUAAAAGGAAGAUGACUGUUGAACCACCAUCUGCUGAAGACAGACCCAUCUCAUCAUCUAAAUCCAAAUUUAAAAAAAAAAUUCCAAAACUAAAUUUACCUUUUAAAAAGAACUCGCAACAACAGCGUAAAAACAUCCAACCUGAAGAGAUUCCUUUGACUUUCAAACAGAACCUAAAAGAGCAGCACUUUGCAGUGGCAGGGAAGCAACUGAUAAACCGCGAGGAGCGUCUGUUUUCAGUGAAACAAGAUGGGGUGGGAUCCAGCAAGAGUCUGGUGGAGGAAGAGGAGGAUAACAAAGAAAAUCUAAGGAAAGACUUUGAAGAGCUUUUGGAGGAGGUAUGGUUGACAUUGGGGAAUUCCCUAGAAGUCCAAACAGAGAAUGAGAAAGAGGUGCUAAAACAAGCAGUCCUGGUCAUACAACAAGAGGAGGAGCAGGACAGGAGAUGGGAAGGGGUGGCAGAAAAAGAGUGCCCUCCAUGGAGGCCUCGGUGCUGCAGGCAGACGCACGACUCUCUGCUUCAGAAUAUGGUUCAGCGGCGAAUGGAGGAGGCAAAGUUAGACUCCAAUACUGACAUUAAAUCUUCAGUUCAAAAAGAAAUCACAGGCAAAGGUAAACAAAUUAAGGAGGACCUGCUACACAUUGCAGAACAUGUGAGGAGCUGCUACCCAGGAGAGAAUGUGUGCCAACUGUAUGCCAAAUUAUACCAUCAGGAAUUUUGUGCUACACUCAGAGAAAUUGCUGACUAUGGACUCAGUGAUGCCGACUGCUCACAUGUGCUGCAGUGGGUGAACAUACAUUAUCCCAGUAUCUUGAGGUGUAAAGAGCUUAAAGGGGUUAUUGAAUAUGAGCAACUUGAAGCACUCCUGCCUGCAAACAUGUUUGAACCACUGGAGGAGCAGUGUUUGACCCAAAUAGAGGACACACUCCAGACAUGGUGCCUAAAUAUUUUAAAAAAGGAGAAAGCUGAGCCUGAAUUGAGGGAUGGAUGCUACUUCAGCUGCCUGGCCAUUGAUGUGAUAAAGUGUGUCCAUGAUGCUAUAACGUCAGCACAGAAAGUGCUGGGCUCUUGUUCAAAGUCUCAAAGGAUCACACACCAGAUUAAAGAAUUCCUCAUUAGUUACCAAGAUUACCUUAAGAAUGUGACAGAGGAUAAUCAGGGGAACACUGACACUGUACUGAAGGCCAACCUUCUGUGUAUCAGACAACUCAGGGAAUAUAUAACAACAAAUCAAGAACUCUUUCCUGCACAUCUCAAGUCUGACUGUAGGAGUUUGCUGGUCAGCAUAAGAGAACUUUGCCAUGGCUAUUUCACCAAGUCUGUCCAUAAAGAUUUGAAGGGAACGUAUGCCAAACUAGGUACUAGUGAGUGGCUCAAACACAGUGAACAUGUAUGUGGUGAGCUGCUUGAAGGAGUGGACACGCACAUUCAGAAACUUACUGACUUGGACAAAACAUGCCUUCAGGAUUUGCUCAGUCAUCUUCACAAAGAAGUGCUAGCAGAGUAUGUAAGGACACUGAUGAAGAAGAAGAUCAAACUUGGAAAAGCGAAUAUACAACAGGCAGCUGAAGCAUUACGUGACAACAACCAGAGAAUACACACCCUUUUUAUUGAAGCUGGGUCAAGAAUGGAUGAUCUGAAAGACAUCCUGGAAAGUCUUGCUGAUCUGUUGACACUGAAAGAGCUACACACUAUUGAAUUAGAGCUUGCGAAUCUAUCCAAAAGCUACCCUGACUUCUGCGAAGCUCAUGUCUGCGCCUGGCUGCAUCACAGGCCGACCCUCUCUACCGCAGAGCUCAGAAUGAUCAAGGAGACUUUCUCAGAGUUACGGGAGCCAAACACACCAGUAGAAACUGAUCAUCAGGAGCAGGAUCCACUCUACUCAAGCAGAGAUUUCUUCUCUAAAGUGUUUGUUAGAUGCACUGCACAACAGUCCCUUGGCCACAUGCUGAGUUGUAUUUAAAGUUUCAAUGCUUUUUGUAUUUUUUUAUUUGUGUAUAAGUAUUUGUGUAUAUUUGUGUAUAAGUAUUUGUGAUAUUCUGAUAUUCAUUUGGACUGAAACAGUUGUAAAAUCUGUACUGUCUGGAAUUACUUUCCCAUCAUCCUAAACUAAUAAAAAAACAGAAGAAUCA